UUGCUGAAUCUAAUGAGAGAGGUAAAAUUGCCAUUAAGGAAGGAAAGCAUAGUAUGCCUUGCGACUGUGCUUCGCAGUAUGCCUUGCGAAACCCAGUAUGCCUUUCGAAACACCUCGUGAUUGUUCGAUGAAACGCUACCAGGAACGCCUAAAGGUCGUUCUUGUGUCAUGACGGAAACGCCCAAGCCUGCAGCUGGACCCUUCUCAGUGGUUGGAGUAUCAGAUUCUGGUAAGAUGCAUGGUAGUCAGUAGGUGUCCACUCUAGGCAUUGUGGGUACGUUAAUGGAUUCAAGAUGUUUCAUUACAUGCUCGUCUACCUUAUGCAUUAUACUAGCAGACGGAUACCCAGCAAUGAAAGACUGAAAUUUCAAACAGUCAAUGCAAUUUGCUUGGCAUUUGUUUUGGUCCCCCAGUUCUAUGUGAUGGGAAGGCCCAAAUCCUCCAGGUACUGCCAGCAGCCUCUUCUGAACAAUCUCUCAGCUUUCCUGGCCAUGUCUAUUAUUGCGUCAGGUUUUUCAGUGUUGCUUACCGUGCUAGAGCCAGUUCCCGUGAGCUUCAGGGCUGCCUACCAUGUCUUUGGCCUGCUUUCAUUUGGCCAAGGGUUGUGCACCACCAUCCUGACGCUGACAGCCACCGCCUGUGUAAGCCAAGCCAGUCGAUGUUAUCAAAACACCCUUCCAUUUUCUCUGGAUGCGGACACAACCCCAGAGUUAUACUAUCUAUCCCUCACACUAACGGUGGCCUGCGUUGCCAGUACCACCUUUUUCGCGGUGAAGGGGGGAAUGUGGAUAAUGAAAAGCCUUCCCGUGGCUCAGUGAGCAGCAGGGCCCACAGCAAUAAACCAUUCCAGCUGUCCCAGGUUGACACCCAACCCCCUGCAUUAAUGUUUCAUGGCGUUUCCAUGCCCACCCCAACUUGGAACCUGAAACUAUAAGGGGGACUUGAAAGGAAGAGUAACAUAAGGAAUUUUACAUUUCUGCCUUGCACAUUUUGGUUAUGUGAAAAGCACACCAGACACUGUGACUUUGAAGGUUUAGUUUUAUUGAUUCUGUUUUAUUGAUAAAGUACACACAAGUUGUGUAAAGAGGAAUUGUUUCAUUUAUCCACUGCAUGCCUUACAAUUUAAUUAUUUAACAGUACAUUAACAGCUUUCUAGGGUAUUGUGUACUUUUGCUUGUGAUUUGGGCAUUUUGGUCAUGCCACCAUCUUGAACUCAAUAAAAGAGUGCCUAUUAAGGCACUCAAAAUAAAUUAUUUUCUCAAAUAUAAAUAUUGAUUAUUUUAGCAAGGCCACAUAGACCAUUUCUCAUUCAGAAUACCCAAAUUUUUCUUCUUACCAAGACUUACGUCUCAUCAGAUAUUCAUUUUUUGUUUACCCGUAAGCAAACUUUCCUCAUCCAACUGCAACAGGAUGCAUAAACAAUUAACUUGAUAAUAUGUGGCUGUAACUCCUUCUAGCUUCAUAUUGGCAUCCGACAUUUCACUGGCGGCAGUACAUAGUUCAGAUGUCAUGGGAAAAUACCUGUCUAAAACUGGUUGUCGACGGACUGCUUUCGACCCCCUCCCUACACAUUCUAAGCUUCAGUCUGAAACUAUGCCAAAUAUAAACUCUUUUGGUUUACCUUUUCAAUGGGUGCCGUUUAGUUCAACACGCUCAAUGCUAAAAGGAUUCAUUCAACAUUUGGCUUUUGAUCCAUCCGUAUGACUAGGAUGAGGAUCGAGGCUAAUGUUAAAAAUCUAAAGCUGGAUAUCAAUGAACUAUGGCUACAUAGAAUUUACAAUAAAUCUUUACUAUAUUUAAUAGUAAUGUUUUAAUGCAAGUCAAAUCUCGAAGAAAAUUAGGAUAAAACACACACCUAGGCAAUGUGCUUUAAAACCACCAUUAGAAGAGUCCCAACAAUAUAAAAAUAUAAUUCUACAAUGCAGCUUAGUAGAUUUUACUCACCUGAGAUUCAAUUUGAAAGACAUUUCUCACACACACAAUUAGUAGUAUAAAUCUAUAGAUUGUCAGACUGCUACGUAUUUUAGACCCUGAUCCCUAACCCUGUAAUCAUUUUCAUAAAUUGUAAAUCAUACAAACCAUUAAAACCUGGAAAAUCGAAUGAAUCAAAAUAGGAUGAAAUAAACAAUGUUUGAGUUUUCCUUAACCCUUCGCUGUAUCAGGCAUCUGAUCCAGACUCAAGCAAAUGGGUAUUGUAUCAAAGUACCUCAAUACAAAUUACAACACCAAGUUCAAAGAAAGGUUGGAUGUUUGCAAACAGCCAUGCAUAUUU